GACCCAAUAGACCAUAAAUAACCCAGUCCCCUCUGAUACCCACACAAGGCGCCGGUGUUCCUUUCAUUUUGCCUCACUUUUGCUUCAGUUUUUUUUUUUUUUUUUUCGUCAGACAUCAUGCUGUCCUCCAUAAAGAAAAUAAAUGUUACUUUUAAAUCGAUGAAUGAUAAGUACCCUUUGACGAACGGAGACACGUUUACAGGGGAGGUGACGGUGGAAGUGAAGAAGGAAUGCCGGAUCAACUCCCUGUACGUCAAAUUCAAGGGUAAAGCGAACGUUAUGUGGACCGAACAGGGCUUCCGGAGCACCACGAUCUACCACGCCCAGGACAAAUACUUCAGCAUCAGACGUUACUUCGUUGCCAACAAAAACUCCAAGGAUAUCACCCAAGUAGUGCUGAAAAACCAGAAUGGAGAAGCAUACUCGAAUGUUUUGACCCCAGGAACCCAUGUCUACCCAUUCUCCUUUCAGUUCUCUAAAGAGGGCAUCCCCUCUUCCUUCACUGGUAGAUAUGGAAGCAUUUCAUACCUUCUGGAGGCUGUUUUGAGCAGAUCAAUGAGGCUAGACAGGAAGAGCCAGAUUCCAAUAGGUUUUGUUGCAAAAACCGACCUGAACUCAAUCUCUGGGUUAAUGGAACCCCUACACAAAUCACUGGAAAAGACAAUGAACGUUUUCACCUCAGGAAGUGUCGCCAUGGAUGUGAAUCUUGAACAAUCAGGUUUCUUCCAAGGAAAAGAACUGAACGUUUUGAUGAAGAUUCAGAACAAUUCACCUCAUGAGGUCAAGCCUGUGUGCUCCAUAUACAGGAAGGACAGCUUCUUUGCAGGGGGGAAGAGAAAAUGCCAGACUACAGACAUAAUCAGAGAGGUGGGAAAACCCAUCCCUCCAUCACCCUCAGAAAAUGUCGAAAUGGUUUUUACCAUUCCCCAAGAUGUGGAGCCCUCCAUGCUCAACUGCAGCAUCAUCAAAGUGGAGUACAGGUUAAAGGUCUACCUUGAUGUGAAGCAUGCUUUAAACCCAGAUAUUAAACUUAAUAUAGUCAUCCUGCCAGCCUCUGAAGUCACUGCUGUGGAACCAGAACCAGCCCCUGCUGCUGACCUCAGAAACGGAUCACAGGGGAACUUCGGGAAUCCAGACCCUCCAGCCUGGGGCUUGGCCCGUCCACUUCCACCAGCAGGCCCUUCAACUUCUAGUCAUCCUUCCUAUGGGGAAUCUGGAAUGAACCGUUCUUUAAAUGAGGUUUCCUAGAAAUAUCAAACAUGAAUAAAAGACAAUCUUUGCUGCUUUUAAGGAUUCAAACUAAAAAGAAAUAUAACGAUUGACAAUUUUACAAAGAUAUUAAAUUUUCAUGUUGACGUUUUUUGUUUUAACUUUAUCUUUGUCAUUGAUGAUGUUUAUAUCAUACAGUAAUUUAACAUGCACCAUCACAGCUUUGUAUAAUAAAUAUGUUCUUUUUUCCAAAUAAGAAGCGGCUUUGGAUACUGAUACCAAUUUUAGCACAUUCACAUUGUUCUUAAAAAAAAUAUAAAUAAAAGCAAAAUACUUUUUUUUGGUUUUUGUACUAGUUGACAAUUUUACUAAGAAAUGCAGUUUUUUUGUGAAACAAAACAAAACUUUUUCAAAAACUGCAUGAAGUCACACAUCCCUGUAAAUAUACAAAUACAUUAAAAUGAAGCAGGUUAUGUGAGAAACGUAUACAUAAAACAGAACAACUGUGAAUGACCGUAUUAUUAAUUUUAUCUGACUAAUGGUUUUCCUUGUUUUACGUUAAAAUGUAAAAAUGCACAAUAUCUACAAGAUCCAUUCAAAAUAAAUAAGAGCUGUGUCCAUCCUAGUA